ACAAUAAAAAAGGCAAAGCAAAGUAAAACACUAAAAUGAUGGGAGAUCGCGAUGAGCAGCAUGAAGAAGGUCGACGCUUUGACAUCUGCACUAAAGCCGGUCUGGAAACUGGUAUUUCAAAACCCAGAAGCGUCGUCCACAAAGAUGAGGAUUAUCACCGAGGUGUUCACGUAUGGAUUUUUGCUGAAAGUACACAAGAACUACUUCUACAAAAACGUGCAUGGCCUGGAUUAUGGGAUAUCUCUAGUGCAAAUCAUGUAUCUGCUGGAAGCACAUCCCUUGUCACUGCCAGGAGAGGGCUUCUAGAAGAGCUUGGUCUAAGCCUUCCAAAUGAUGCUUUUGAAUUGCUAUUUGUUUUCCAGCAAGAAUGUGAUACAAAUGGUGAGAAGUUCAUCAAUAAUGAAUUUAAUGAUGUUUAUCUUGUGACAACACUAGCCCCAAUUCCGUUGGAAGCUUUUACUCUUCAGGAAUCUAAAGUUUCAGCUGUCAAAUAUAUCUCAGUUCAAGAGUAUAAGCACCUACAUGUUAAGGGAGACCCUCAAUAUGUACCCUACAAUUUUCAUGGACAAUAUGGUCAACUUUUUGACAUAAUUACCGAAAGGUACCAAGACAAUGUCGAAGCAAAAUGUUUAAUUCUGCAAAAGAAGCUUAAUCGUUAUGCUUCUAUCUCAGUUGAUGCAGAGUUGACCGAUCUCAAUGAGGAGGACAAGGAAGUUCUUGUUUUAAUCAUUCAAGCUGCGAGAUUAAUGGAUGAUAUAUUCUAUAACCAGGCUUGGUACAGCAAUGCAUCUUUAAGGGAAUGGUUAAACCAGCAAAGUCAAUUAUCUGAGUUUGACAUGUUAAAAUUGAAGUAUUAUUUGAUAAAUAAGUGUCCAUGGUCGUCUCUUGAUGAAGAUGAAGCAUUUUUGACAACUGCAGACUCUGCAGUGAAAUUGCUUCCAGAAGCAACAAGGAAGGUGGUUGGUUGGAAAGGUCUAGAAUACAAAGCUGCAUUUCCCCUAGUGAAACCACCUGGUGCCAGCUUUUACCCUCCAGACAUGGAUAAAAUGGAAUUCGAAUUAUGGGUGAAAGGGCUCUCGGAUGAUGAAAAGAAAGACGCAACAAGCUUUUUCAGUGUUAUUAGAAGGCAUAGUGACUGUCAUUCCAAUAAUAUAGUAGUUAGCAGGGAUUUAACCACUUCACCUAGUUUGAAGAGACUAUUACAUAGCAAGGCCGAAGCUUUCCUCUCAAAUGACUAUUAUGACUCUGAUAUAGCUUGGAUGGAAUUGGAUUCCAAGUUGGAUGUUACUAUUGGCCCAUACGAGACUUAUGAAGAUGUAUUAUUCGGAUACAAGGCGGCGUUUGAGGCAUUUAUUGGAAUUCGGGAUGAUAAAGCAACUGCUCAACUUAAAAUUUUUGGGGAUCAUUUGAAGGACUUGGAGCAAAAUCUUCCAAUGGACGACAUGUACAAAUCAGAAGAUGUGACAUUUGCACCUAUUCGCAUCAUCCAACUUGUUUAUAAUUCAGGGGAUGUGAAGGGACCACAAAUUCUAGCCUUUAAUCUUCCGAAUGAUGAGCGUAUUGUAAAAGAUCGUGGUACAUCAAUGGUCAUGUUGAAGAAUGUUUCUGAGGCAAAGUUCAAGCUAAUUCUUCAACCUAUAGCCGAGUUGUGUAUUGUAAAGGAGCAACAAGAGCUAGUUGACUUUGACUCUUUUUUCACUCACACAAUUUGUCAUGAAUGUUGUCAUGGUAUUGGACCACAUACAAUAACACUCCCUGGUGGUCAAAAGUCUACUGUGCGAUUGGAGCUACAAGAACUUCACACGACUCUUGAAGAAGCUAAAGCUGAUAUUGUUGGCUUGUGGGCACUUAAUUUCCUUAUUUCAAAGGAUUUACUUCCAAAGACCCUUGUAAAGUCCAUCUACGUUUCUUUCCUUGCUAGCUGUUUUCGGACAGUACGUUUCGGCUUAACGGAAGCUCAUGGUAAAGGACAAGCACUGCAGUUUAACUGGCUACUAGAGAAAGGAGCGUAUGUUUUGCAUCCUGAUGACACAUUCUCCGUUGACUUUGAUAAGAUUGAAGGUGCGGUUGAAGGCUUAAGUAGGGAAAUACUUACGAUACAAGCCAAAGGAGACAAAGAUUUUGCACAGAAGCUUCUGGAAAAAUAUGGUCAAAUGACAGAACCUCUCACCACUGCUUUAGGAAAAUUGGCAAAUGUUGAGGUUCCUGUUGAUAUAGCACCAAAUUUUCCAGUUGUUACCAAAUUACUACACAACAAUUAAACAAUUGUUGUAGUGUUUCUUGAUCUUGGAUGUGAUAAUGGCUUUCUUUUUGGAAGUACAUUCAGAAUGGCUCUCAUUGUUUUAAUAAGGGUAAAAAUUGUGUAGUGUUGUUAUGUAUUGUAAACUAUAUAAUAAAAUGGCUUUGUUCUUGGAAGGGCAUUCAUAAUAGCUCUCAUUGUUUUAAUAAUGGUACAAAUUCUGUAAUAUUGUUUUGUAUUGUAAACUAUAUAAUAAAAUGGAUUUGUUAUUAGAAGUGCAUUCACACUGGCUCUCCUUGUUUUGAUAAGGGUACAAAUUGUGUAAUAUUUUUGUGUUGUGUGUUGUAAACUAUAUCAUAAA